AUGGCUUUUCCACUCGAGUCCGACAUCGCGGAUGAGCAGCUCGACAUGGACUUUCUUGAACCACCUCGCCCUACCAGCCGACUUGGGUUUAACAGCGAGCUCACCCCCGCCUCCCCACAACCACACCGUGCCGCAAAGCGCCCGCGAUACACCACUUCUCCAACCAAAUGGACCAAAGCGCUGCUUCAGAGAAUCGGUCUCUCGACAACGCCUGGCAAAACCGAGAUUACGACCCUCACGACAUUGGAAAACGACCCAGAAGACGAAGACGCGGACCCGUUGUCUUUCGCUACUCUCCCUUCUCUAGCAUCAUCAGCAACCUCGCCAUCCUCGUUGGACUGCGACAAGUCAUUCGAACAAGACGACUCUGAUGAUUCCUCCUCCGAAGACUCUGACUUUGAUUUUGACUCGUUUGUUGACGAGAACGAUGCUGAAGAGCUCGAUUUGUUUCAGUUGGAGCCAACAUCCACUAUUUGUCGCCCUCCCUCCCCACCUCUCCCUCCCCGCGUCAACAUUCCUAAUAAACCGCCCACCAAAACAUCAUCUUUGUCUGCAUCUUCGCCUGCAUCGACUGCCGAGAAUUCUUAUAGCCCAUCGCCACUUUCCCCAAUGUAUACUGGCCGUUCUUCCCGAACCGCAACCAAGCCAUUCCGGCAUGCAUAUGGCAACCAUGGCCGGAGCAAAUACUCUCUUCUUCACUGCAAAUUUCUCUGGGCUGUCCGCGAAGAGCAAUGGGAAGCACAUACCGCCCGUUUGCGCGAUGCCCAAGCUUAUUCGGGACUUGUCCUUCCCAAGUCGACACUACGACCGCCACGUUCAUUUCCCGUCUCCGAUCCUGAGCCAGCGCCGAUACCGCCAAUGACCAUCCACCCAAGGCAUGGUGAUUUGUCCGCUUUGCACGAUCCGCAAGCAACACAUUUGGAUCGCUGCUUCGUCGGAAUGCAGCCAUGGACGAUUUCCAAGACGCUGUGGAUGUAUGAUGUCCAUUUGUGGGCUGCUUGGCAAGCAAAUCACGACGAUGGAAUCGAUUUUGAUGACGAUGUUAGCGAGAACGAGUCUAUGGCGGCAUCUAUUUCCAGUGCUAGCGACGACUCGGACUCAACAUUGGUCGAUGAAACCCAAGACGAGACUAUGGUUGACAUUUCGCUGUCGAAUGAGGAGGAACAUCCACAACUCAAAAAGUUUAUCGUCACGCGUCCAGAUCCAUUCGGUGUCGGCUGGGAAACUUCUUGGGCGAAGCGGUGGGAACUCCUCAUUGAACUUGUCCGCAUUGACACGGAGCGGGAACGCCAACAAGCGGAGAUCCUACAGAAAAUACAGCCGCAGCCCAACAAACGGCCUAAAUUUUUCAUCGGUGACGACGACGAGAGUGACGACCAGGAUGGCAUGAUGCUUUUCUGA